CGAAGAGUCCGGCGUGUCAUUCUGUGGAAUCCGCCACCUGAAACACACACACACACACACACAUAAACUCUCUCUCUCUUUCACACACACACACACACGAGUCUCUGCUGCAGCUCAUUCUGCGCUCGAUCAUCACACAGCAGAGCAUCUGUUGGUGAAGAUGAUUCCUCCUGGAGACUGUCUGUACGCGGGGAGGAAGAGGAGGAAACCCGUCCAGAAACAAAAACCAGCAGCAGUGACGGAGAAGUCGAACCCGUCGAAGCGGCACCGUGAGCGUCUGAACGCUGAGCUGGAGCGACUCGCCGGACUGCUGCCCUUCUCCCCUGAGAUCAUCUCCAAACUGGACAAACUGUCCGUCCUGCGUCUGAGCGUCAGCUACCUGCGGGUCAAGAGCUUCUUCAGCACUGCUCACGAGAAACACAUGAACGGGAAAGAGAGCGACACGACGGCCAGCAGUGCCCCUGAGAGCCAUCUGCUGCUAGAGUCUUUAGCAGGUUUUGCGCUGGUGGUCAGCAGUGAUGGGAUGGUCUUCUACGCCUCCUCCACCAUAGUGGACUACCUGGGCUUCCACCAGGUGAGCAUCACUGACCAACACACACACACACACACACGCAGAAACACACACACACACACACUAAAAACCGUGCAUUUACCGGAGCGCUGUGAUUCCAUCGAGCUGAGCAUGUCUUAA